AUGUCAGCCCCGAGCGAGCAGAGACCUUUGCUUCAAGCUGCUGCUGGAAGAGAGUGCUUUCCAGGCUUUGAGUGGAGAGCCUUUGUUGAAGAGGCUGCACACCAAUGUGGUGCCCUGCCUGGGGGGAGAGGGCAGCCUCCUCUCCCUCCCCUUUCCCAGGAAGCGGUGGGCCAUCAUCAACAGUCACCACUUUGGUCCAUCUGGUGGGAGGAAGAUGCCACUUGCAUAGGCAUCAGUGAGGAGCUCUUCGAGAAUAUUUUGGAGAGGGUGGGCUCAGACAAGGUGUUUGAGACUGACUGUAUGAAGAGCUUCGUCUGCCAGCUUAGCCUGUAUGGAUUCAGCAAAGCAUGCCAGAAUGUGCUCACCUCCCUCUGCCUGACCAACCUGCUCACAGAGGAGCCGCCUGUCUGUGUCUUGAGCAAGCUAAAGGCAGGGGAGUACUUGAUGGGCCCUGGGGGCAGG